AUGCCUGGCGCCACCUCUACCGUCGAGCCCGGUUUCUACAACCGCAUCCCAGGACCCCUGGGACUGGCCUCCGCUUCGCUGGAGGGCAAGGUCGCCCUAGUCACCGGUGCCGGGCGCGAGAUGGCAAUGGAGCUCGGUCGUCGCGGCGCGAAAGUCAUUGUGAACUACGCCAACUCUUCAGAGUCAGCCGAGGAGGUCGUACAAGCCAUCAAAAAGUCAGGCUCCGAUGCCGUCGCUAUCAAGGCCAACGUCUCUGUUGUGGAUGAGAUCGUCUCCCUUUUUGAGCAAGGUGUAAAGACCUGGGGUAAGCUCGACAUUGUCUGCUCUAACAGCGGCGUCGUCUCUUUCGGGCACGUCAAGGACGUCACACCGGAGGAGUUCGACCGCGUCUUCAACAUCAACACGCGAGGCCAGUUCUUCGUUGCCCCCGAGGCGUACAAGCACCUCGAAGAGGGCCAAGGCCGUUGCCGAAACACGCCGUCUACUCGGGCUCCAAGGGCACUAUUGAGACAUUUUGUCCGCUGCAUGGCCAUCGACUUUGGCGACAAGAAGAUCACCGUCAACGCCGUCGCGCCCGGCGGCAUCAAAACGGACAUGUACCACGCCGUCUGUCGUGAGUACAUCCCCGGCGGAGCCACCCUUUCCGACGAUGAAGUCGACGAAUACGCCGCCGGCUGGUCCCCAGUUCACCGUGUUGGUCUGCCCAUCGACAUCGCUCGCGUUGUCUGCUUCCUCGCCUCUCAGGAUGGCGCCUGGAUCAACGGCAAGGUCCUCGGCAUUGAUGGCGCCGCCUGCAUGUGA